GGUCAAAAAGUGGGGCGAGGAGUAUUGUGGAGAGGCAUUCUCCUCGUGAGCAGCCUGUCACGAUUGUCUAACUGCCUCUCCCUCUGCCAACUAAAAUAGAGAAGACUCAAUACUCAAACACUCAACACUAAAGAAAAGAGGAGAGAGAAAAGAAACCCACGCAACGCACGCACCAAGGCAGGCACUAGGCAGCAUCACUUAGACAACCCACACGCUUUUUCAGCAGUACCCCCCAAACAAUAGAGACUUGGAAAGAGAGAGAAAGUGAAUAAUAAGCAUUCUUUGUUUGUGUGUGUCUGAGGCGAGGAGAGAGAAAAUAAUGGGCGGAGCAACAGGAAGAUUACCUACUUGGAAAGAGAGAGAAAACAACAAGAAAAGGGAGAGAAGAAGACGAGCUAUUGCUGCUAAGAUCUUCACUGGUCUUCGAGCUCAGGGUAGUUAUAAGCUUCCUAAACACUGCGAUAAUAACGAGGUUUUGAAAGCUCUUUGUAGAGAAGCUGGUUGGAUUGUUGAAGAAGAUGGCACUACUUAUCGCAAGGGAUGCAACCCACCUCCAAUGGAUAUGGCGGGCACAUCAGCCAACAUUAGCGCGUGUUCGUCUCUUCAGCAGAGUCCACAAUCAUCAGCAUACCCCAGCCCUAUACCUUCAUACCAUGCCAGCCCAACAUCAUCUUCCUUCCCAAGUCCUUCGCGUUAUGACUCAAACCCCUCGAAUUACUUGCUCCCUUUCCUUCGCAAUUUGGCUUCUAUUCCUACGAAUCUGCCGCCUAUUCGUAUAUCAAGUAGUGCCCCUGUAACUCCUCCGCUCUCUUCCCCGACAUCUAGGAGCUCCAAGCGUAAAGCGGACUGGGAAUCCUUGUCGAAUUCAAAUGGUUCUGGCUCUCAACAAUCUGCUCACCACACAGCUUUUGCUGUUUCUGCCCCAUCAAGCCCUACACGCCGGAACAACAUUACCCCUACUAUACCGGAAUGUGAUGAAUCCGAUGCUUCUACUGUUGAUUCUGGUAGGUGGGUGAGCUUCCAGACAGGGGCCACCUUAGGUUCUCCAUCUUCUCCUACAUUCAAUCUUGUAAAACAAGCUGUUGCCCAGAGGAGUUCUAUGCAGGGCGCACUUAAUGGGUCUGUUGCUCUAGGUUGGGGAGGUGCUAUGGAGAGAGGACAUGGUCCCGAAUUUGAGUUUGGAAACGGUGCUGCUGUUAUGGCUUGGGAAGGUGAGAGAAUACAUGAAGUGGGUGUGGAUGAUUUGGAGCUUACACUUGGAAGUGCCAAGGCUAGAUGCUGAAGGUACUCCCUUGCAGUUCUCGUAUUUGCCUCUCCCAAUUGAAUUGAAAAGUAGGUACUUGCUGAAAUUGUUGUAUGUAGUAAAAUCAAUUGUACAGGUUUCCUAUCAAAUGGAGCCAUUUCUGAGGCCUGAUAAUGUUAAUCAUGAUAGGGCAGACUUUGGGUAGUCUGGGAAAGCAUAUAUAUGACAUGAAAGGUGCCUUUACCUUAAGCAAACUGAGAGGCAGAGCGUGUCAAUUGUUGAUGUUGCUUCCUCUGUUUCUUUUUUUUUUUCUUGAGCAUAAAUGGUUGUUAAUAUAAGGUUUUAUUUGUAAGUCGUGACUGUUAAACUAGGCUGGUUUUAGAGGCUUAGCAUUGUAGAACUUUUGGUAUAUGUUAAAAGUCCGAGGGUAACUCAGGCACCUAUAGUGACUAGCGUAGUAAUUCUAAUCAGCCAAAAAAAAAGUUUGUUUUUUUUAUUUGUAAUAGCAGCAGCCAAUUUCGGUGAUGAACUGAUGUUGGCUUAUCGAUUUAACUGUUUUUGUUCUUGAUUUAUGCUGCUCUAAUUGCAGUGUUUGAGUGCUGUGAUGGCAGCAUCUUAA